AAUCAUUAAGAGGCACGCAGCCAUUACAAUACCUUAUAUUCAAACCGAGUACAACGCGAUUUAGGGAACUAGAUUAUUACUGGCUUAUUUUUUUUCUUUAAAAAUCAGUUUUAUGAAACUCAAUUUGAAACUUAAAGAUAAUACUUUUGGCUAACAGUCGUAUAUGUAAAUAUAGUCAGGCGUUGCGUCGACUUGAGACGCUCCGCAUUCCCAGAGGCAGUUGACUCACCAGAGACUCGCCAUAACACGCCGCCUUCUCCGUCCGUUCAGAGCAUUCAUUUGAACGCUGUAUUUUCGUUAACCAAGAAGAUUCAGAUUUAAGAGACUCGCUUCGAUUUAGAUGGCAAGCUUCCCAGAUUUUGUCAACGAAAAUGAAAUAGGUAAAGCUAAGUUCAUCGGGGAACUCAUACCUCCUGUUGCUCCCUUUGACCAGAAGUCUGGACGGGAGACUUGGACUGUAGCUUUUGCACCUGAUGGUUCUUACUUCGCUUGGUCUCAAGGGCAUCGAAUUGUGAGACUUGUACCAUGGAAAAAAUGCUUAGCCAGCUUUUCUGUAAGAAAGGAAGAUCGGUCAAGCGGUGCAGGUCCUCGACGGCUCUCUCGGCAGAACAGUGAAGGCAGUCUGCUGCCAGGCGAGCCCAGAGAGCACACCAUCGACUGUGGUGACAUUGUUUGGGGCCUGGCAUUUGGCUCGUCUGUUCCUGAAAAGCAGAGUCGUUGUGUUAAUAUCGAAUGGCAUCGGUUCAAGUUUGGCCAGGACCAGUUGCUACUGGCCACAGGCCUCAACAACGGACGCAUCAAAAUCUGGGAUGUCUAUACAGGAAAACUUUUGCUGAACCUGAUGGACCAUACAGACAUUGUGCGAGACCUAACAUUUGCCCCAGAUGGGAGUUUAGUGCUGGUUUCUGCUUCAAGAGACAAGACUCUGCGCGUAUGGGACCUCAAAGAUGAUGGUAACAUGGUGAAAGUUCUCCGUGGCCAUCAAAACUGGGUCUACUGCAGCGCUUUCUCACCUGAUUCAUCUGUCCUUUGUUCCGUAGGCGCCGGAAAAGCGGUCUUCCUGUGGGACAUGGAUAAGUACACUCUGAUCCGUAAGCUUGAGGGCCAUCAUAACGACGUGGUGUCCUGUGAGUUCUCUCCUGACGGGGCCUUGCUGGCCACAGCCUCCUACGACACCCGUGUCAUAGUGUGGGACCCUCAUACAGCCACCGUUCUGCUUGAGCUGGGGCAUCUCUUCCCUCCUCCCUCACCCAUAUUUGCAGGAGGGGCAAAUGAUCGAUGGGUUCGUUCCGUUGCCUUUUGUCAUGACGGACGGCACAUUGCUAGCGUCACUGAUGACAGGCUGGUGCGUUUCUGGAGUAUUGGUGAGAAGAGUCCUCAAGCCAUCGCCCCUCUCACUAACGGCCUCUGUUGUGCCUUUUCUACUGACGGAAGUGUCUUAGCUGCUGGGUCUCGUGAUGGCAGCGUGCAUUUCUGGGCUUCUCCCCGCAGCAUUGCAAGCCUCCAGCACCUGUGCCGCCUGACCCUGCGGCGAGUCAUGCCCACCCAACAGGUUUAUACGCUGCCCAUUCCUUUCUCCAUGCAAGACUACCUGGCAUACAAGUCGCUUUAAGUUGGAAUGUAAAACACAGCACUGAAACCAAUGAAUUGGUAGUAUUUGUUUAAGACUUGGUUUUGGUUUUUUCCUCUGCUCAAACCAACCCCUUGAUGAAGGUGAGGUUGGUUCUUUUUGUAUUUAUUUAUUUUCCCAAUUUUUUUUUUUAAAGUUUAGUUUUCCUAGUUGCAAGUGUCUUUCAAUACUUUGUUCAAUAUAUAAGCCCAUUUCAGAUAGUGGCCUUCAGACAGCCUUAAUAUAUCAGUGGACCACGGUUUGUCCUUUUGAUUCCUUUCUUUUUCUUUUUUUUUUUUUUUGGUCUGGCACAACUUGUACCGCACCUUAAAGUUGGUAAAUGAUGGGUGAAAGUGGUGCUUUCUCUGGCUCAGUUCGAGGUAUUCCUGGACUGUGUUUAAAGUGAUGUGAUGGGGGAUUGUCUCCUAAAUGUUCUGCAGUGUUUUCUUUUUGCCGUGCUUGCUGUGAGAGGGAUUGAAGGGAAGUCACAAUGUGAAAGUGUGUGUGUGUGUGUGUGUGUGUGUAUGCAUGCAUGUGAUGGGCGGAAUAGGGUCGGUUAGUUCAGGGACACAGGCAGUGCCUCUUUAUAGAAAAUCGAUAACCACACGCUUAUGCUGCUUCAGUAAUGACUUUUAUCACAAACCUAAUUUGUUUCCUCCACAAAUUGUAUAUUUUUUACCUGUACAGAGAUUUUUUUUUUUUUGAGGCCUGUUUUUGUUGUGUAUAUAAUGUUUGUAUAAAUAUAUAUAUGUAGCUUCAGUUUUUUCCCAUGCUUCUCAUAAAUCAUUUAUUAAUGCUUGUAUUGAAAGUCUGCUCUGUACAAGGUCUUUGCUCUUGUGUGAUGGUGAUGUUUUGUAGGGGAAUGACACAAAUGUUUGCUUAACCAGCAGUAAAACUGAUGCCACAUCCUUGAUUUCUCAUUUCAAACAAAUUGCCACCAACUUCCACUUGCUGUACCUGCUAUGAAAUAUGGCACUUUUACCCAGCCUGAGACAUUCCCUAUUCCUAACCAUUAUCUCGCCACUUAACUCCCAAUCAAACCUCCGUCUGUUAACACUGACAUUCAACAUUCAUGUGUGUUUUAACAGAGAGGUUUUGUUGCGGUGAUUUCUUUGGUCAUGUCUCACCUACCUCGCACAUUGAGGAUCUGGUUUAUUGGAUAAGUGACAUGAUUCGGUCAUUUGAAACUAUUUGAACGGUAUCAAUUAUGAAUGUGAGAAUCCGAAUGUGGCAUAUUCAUCUGGUCAUGCAGUCAAACGGUCAUGGCAAUAAAAAUGUGUUACAAAAGCUGAUGCCAAAGAUCCCCUUGGGUUCUUAUUGAUGUGAUUCGCACAGUACGUUCUCUCUUACACUCAUUUAUGGCUAAAACUUGAAUGUCUUUUAUGUCUGUUUUUCUGCUUGGGUGUAUGAAUAAUGCUGACGUUCAGCAGAUUAGGUUUUCUUUAGAUUCUAAUAAAGUAGAGGCACUUCAGUGUUCCAACCAAAAUUUGUAGCAGUUACAGUUCUUUGUAAUACAGUGGUAGUUGUUUUCAAUCAUUAAUGAAUAUUAUAGAGAUGCUUGGAAACUGGUUAAUUUGUCCAACAGACAGAAUACCUGAUGCUGUACUCAACAGGGGCAAGUGAAAUUGACAACAGAAGACCUUUUAUGAGAUUGAACUUUUUUUUUUUUCUUCUUCUUCUCUCUCUGUCCUCCAGUUGGUGGGGUUUUUGUUUUUAUGAUUGUUGUUGAAAUAAAGUAUUUUAAAUCA